UCCCGACCUGCCCCUCGGCCUGGGCCCACCCCGCGUUCCGCCUGCCCCACCCCGGCGGCGCCGCCCGCCCGCGCGUCCAUCGGUCCACCUGCAGCAAGCAGUCCAUCCGACCGUCCGACCCAGAGGCGCCGGCCGAGCCCGAGGCCUGGGCUCUUGCUCCCUGGCGGAGGGAUCCGCGGCGGCUGAGGAGGCGGCGCUGAGCCUAGAAGGAAGAGGCAGCUACCGCGGUGGCGGCGGCGGCGGCGGCGGCGGCGGCGGCUCGGGCGGCAGCGCAUAAAGGGGCCGCCGCCGGGUGAUGCGGUGACCCCUGCGGCAGGCUCAGGAGCCGAGUGGGCCACGGCCCCAAGUCCGUCCCGCCGGACCCGCGCUCCGGAACUCCCCAUCUUCUCCGGCCGACCCGCGAUCACCGAGGCGGCCUCGCGCCCCCUCGCCCCUUCCCCGUCCCUCCCCUGCCCCUGUUCCCGCCCCGGGGGCCGCCUCCACCCGCCUCCCACGAUGGCUCUGAAGAGAAUCCACAAGUUUUGGAGGCCAAAUGUCCAAAAUCAGCAUACCUGCAGGGCACACUCCGUCUGGAAGCUCUGUGGGAGGAUCCUUCCUUGCCUCUUCCAGCUUCUGGUGACUGAAUUGAACGACCUGGCGCGGGACCCCCCAGCACAGUGUUCAGCAGGUCCCGUUGGAGAUGAUAUGUUCCACUGGCAAGCUACAAUAAUGGGGCCAAAUGACAGUCCCUAUCAGGGUGGAGUAUUUUUCUUGACAAUUCAUUUCCCAACAGAUUACCCCUUCAAACCACCUAAGGUUGCGUUUACAACAAGAAUUUAUCAUCCAAAUAUUAACAGUAAUGGCAGCAUUUGUCUUGAUAUUCUACGGUCACAGUGGUCUCCAGCACUAACUAUUUCAAAAGUACUUUUGUCCAUCUGUUCUCUGUUGUGUGAUCCCAAUCCAGAUGAUCCUUUAGUGCCUGAGAUUGCUCGGAUCUACAAAACAGAUAGAGAAAACUUUAGGUCUUCUGCUUGGCUUUUGACGUGUAAAGAUUUUGCAUCAAGAGCCCAUUUGUCUUAGGUACAACAGAAUAGCUCGGGAAUGGACUCAGAAGUAUGCGAUGUAAUUAAAGAAAUUAUUGGAUAACCUCUACAAAUAAAGAUAGGGGAACUCUGAAAGAGAAAGUCCUUUUGAUUUCCAUUUGACUGCUUUCUAUGAGCCCACGCCUCAUCUUCCCCUGUGCACAUGUUUACCUGAUACAGCAGUGCUGCGUGUUGUACAUACUUGGAACAACAAACUAGAAAUACUGUACUUCUGUACCAACAUUGCCUCCUAGCAGAGAAGUGUGUGUGUGACAAGCCAGUUCUCCAGGCAUAACCUAGGUGUGAGACUAAAAGCUUUCCUUAUUGACUUAAAUUUGGAUAACGGCAGAGUGAGGGGUGGUGGGUAUGGUGUGUGCUUGGAUGGGGAAGAAAAGCUCCACUGACCUGUAGGAGAUUGUUUUUUAAGUGAAAUCCCAUUAAACUCAAAACAGUUAUGAAAAGCAAGGCGAAGAACAUGAAGCUGUUUCUGUAUUCAUUUUAUUCCGAAGGACUUAACGUCUUAGGUGAAAGUUAUGACCAAUCAGAUUAAACUCUACCUACAUCCUGUAUUUUAAGGUCUAAGUUUAACUGGUCAACAUUUAAAUGGAUUGGAGCUAUUAGUAAAGUGUGAUGGGCUUUGUUUCCAACUCUUUUACAUCUCCCCACCCGUCAACCUUCGUCCUUCAGCCCCUCUUUCUCUCUUCCAUAUUCUUUGGUUUGUAUGUGGUUUCUCAGUUAAUACAUAGCUAAUAGCUCUUAUUUUUCUUAUGUUUUUAACUGCUUAGGUCUAUCUGGAUGUAAGGGUGAAAAUUCAUUCGAUGGAAAUACUUGUGUAUAUUUAAAGACCCAAUUGCUCCUCUGGAGCCUGUACGUUCAAGAAUGAUUAAUCUGUGUAAUAAACUGAUUACUACAGUCAUUACAUAUAAUUUUGUGUGAAUAGGCUUUCUGAUUUUAAGAAUUUUGUCUAGCUGAGAUUAGUGGUGGAUUUUUUCCCACCCCUGAAAUGUUUUCAUUUAUACUGGUUGCAUUUCAAAAUCAUGAAACAAUUCAGUUUACAUAGUAAAAAGGAUAUCUUGAAAGUAAUUUUACUGAACAAGAUAAACGCAUAAGCUUAAAAGAAUUUUCAUGAAACUUAUGUGUGCAGUAUUCCAGGAACAUGACUGUUAAACUAAAUAAGAAAUUUGCUUUAUUAUUGAAACUAAGCUGCAUUUCACCGAAACCUUGUGACAUUCCUUUGGUACAUAGGACAUAAAACAAAGGCAUUGCUAUUUGGUAAGUUAAGCUUCUGUGAUUGUGAUUGUAAAAACAACAUUGACCAAACCUGGGAAACAUGAGCACAAUCUUGUAUUGGAGAGUCUACAUAAUUACUUUGCACUAACAUUGCAGGAUGUUCAUCCAAUUUUAAAUUGUACUGUAUGUGGCUUUUUGGUCUUCCCUUGACGCUAGUAAAAUGUAGUUUGAAACUUGUAAACAGCUGUAUUUGCCAGAAACAUCGUUCCUGUGAACUAGGCAAGUUACUUUUUUUCCUCCUACUUCUCCUAAUCUAAUUGUAAACCAGGCCAGCCUGAAAGCAAUGGCUGAUGCUCUCUAGCUGUCAGGUUCUUUCAAAUGCAUCUUUACACUCUUGCACAAAAAUUGAGGAAUAAAUGUCCACUGCUUUUGGUUUUAAA